AUGGCUCCGUCCCAUUUACGAUGGCAAAAAAAUGGAUACGAUUGGAAUUUUGUUAUUCAAGGUGUAGAUUUCUUCAAGUCUUUGUUAGAGAUGGUUUCUGAUGAGAUAUGCACCAAGGCAAGCUCAUGUGCCUUGGAAGUUCUAAUAGAAAUACCUGGAUCUUCAAAGAAAUGCCGGUUACGGGCGAUCGAGGCUGGCGCCGUUUGCGUCCUCGUUGAGCUUCAGCCGGACUCGAACCGACCGAUAUGUGAAAAAGUUUUGCUGCUGAUAAAAUUGCUAUGUGAAUGUGCCGAAGGUAGGCUGGCGUUGGUGGAGCAUGGCAUGGGCAUAGCGGCGAUCUCCAAGAGAAUGCUGCAUGUCUCCAUCACGGCAACAAAGAUGGUGGUGAAGAUUUUGUGGGUGAUCAUGAUUUGUAGCUUUCACCCUACAGAAAGGGUGUUGGAGGAAAUGCUGGUUUAUGGAUCGGUGAAGAAGCUUUUGGUGUUGUUGCAUAUAGAUGGCCGGUCUUCAACCAAGGAUAAAGCGAUAAAGAUGAUCAAGUUGCAUGGGAAUUCAUGGAAGCGAUACCCUUCCCUUGUGAAUUGAAGGAAUAUAUGGCCUUUAAUUUGUGAGUAAUUCUUGCUAAAAAAAGAUUACAGAAAUUUGAUCAUUAAAAGAUGAAAAUUAGAAAAUUUUAUAAUAUGAUCUUCUCCAGAAAGUUUGAGUGAGUAAAAUGUAUACCG